CGACGAAAUUGAAUUUUUGAUCCAUGACAUUUGUUUUUGUUUUUUUUUCUGAAAAAAAUUUAAAAUUUUUGAUAAAUAUCAUUAAUAACAGGUGGCGUUACUAUCUCAUUGACUCGAUCAAGUUUUAUUCGAUUAAAUUUUUCUGAAUGUUGUGGUUUUUUGGAUUUUUUUCCAUUUAGCAUAAUAUAUUUUGUUCGCUGCUCAUCCGUGGUUCACGAAUCAGAAAAAAAUGUUCACUGAAAUAGAUUGGCAAACUAUUGUUGAACAAUUUGUUCAUAUUGGUCUCAUAUUUGGUGCCAUAUUUCAGCUAAUAUGUAUUGGAGCGGCAAUCUUUUUACCGUGUAAAAGUGAAUUGGCAACGAAUCAACGAGAAUCGUCGAAAACAUCAUCAUCGUUUGAAUCUGGCACAAAUGAACGAUUUCUGGAUGAAAGUGAUGAUGAUCAGGAUUUGAAUGUGGGCAAAAUCUAUGGAAAUCGUCAUGGUAAUAGUAAUAAUCAUGUUCAUCACCGACAUCAUCAUCAAAUGGAUGAUAAUCGUUCCAAUAGUCGUGGAUCAUCAUCAUCAUCAUCUUGGAAUAGUCGAAACAAAGAAGGAAAACGAAAACGUCGAUGAAAGAUCAUUUUUUCUUUGUUUCACAAAAGAUACUCAUUCCAUUCUUUGUUUUCAAUUUUUGAUUUCUAUAAACACACAACAAUGAUGUGAUUUCAUUUCUUUUUUUUUCAUUUUCAUUUUUGCAUCACAUUCGAUAGUCCUUCAUUAUUUUAAUUUGUAAUCAGAUGAAUUUUUAAAAAAAAAAUAAAUUCUUUAUAAAAGAUUUUUUAAAACAUGUCAUUUAUGAAUGGUAACACAAUUCUUUGGACUUGAUCACACUGCCCAUGCGUGAAAAAGCAACCAUUGUGUUUGUUUUUUCGUCGAUAUUGUUGUUGUUGUGAUUGUUAUUGCGACUGUAUUUUUUUUUUCAUUUCAUUUUGUUUUGUUGUUUGUCGUUGCCGUCAAUUGUUUUCUGUUAUCUUUUUUCUUUCUCUUUAUCUCUUGAAUGUAUUUACAAAUCAGUCACUUUUUCAACAACAGCAACAGUUCAUAUUUUUUAAUUCAUUUG